AUGGGAUCUAAAAAGAAAAAGGCUGAUAAGAAGAAAGACUUUGUUAAACCAAAGCUCAAGGUUGGUAAAACUGCAGCUAAACCUGAUAAUUAUACUGAUACAUCAUUCAUUGCAAAGACAAUUUCCUUGCCUAAUCAAUCUAUCGCAAAAGUAACCUCUGGAACUGGUAGUACAAACAAAUCAGAUAUUGACUUAUCACACCACUUAUCCUUAACAAAACAUCAUUCUUCAACUACUAGAAAAGAAGUUUUGAUUUAUAUCCAACAACAUUUACCCUCCAACCCUUCAACGUAUUCAGAAAUCUUAAAAACAGUUAUACCUUUAAUCCUUGAUGAAUCACAACAAGUAAGAACAGCAUUGAUAGAUUUACUUAAGUCCAUAGGAGACAAACAGCCAGGAUUAUUGGAUUUACAUUUACGUUCAAUAAUCUUGUUUAUACUAUCUGCAAUGACACAUAUACAACCAAGCAUAAGACAUAGUUCCACCAAGUUUUUGAAUAUAUUAGUUGACAAUUGUAUAAAUUCCCUUGUUGGAUCAUACUUUAUCAAAAUUUUAAAACUGUUUUUCUCACUUAUGGGAUGGACUUUGGUCAAUGACAAGAAGCAAGUGUCUAUCGCUAUAACAACUACAUCGAUUGAAGGAUCUUCCAAGAAAGCUAGAAUCGGACAUUUGCAAGUGUUGCGUAAUUUACUCCAAAAAUCCUUGUUCCAAGAAGAAACUUUAGACAUUGAUAUUGAAAACAUCAUAUCGAUCCACCCCCAAUCUUAUAGAUAUAUCAUUCCAGCUACACCUAACCCGUUCGCAUCCUUGAAGUUAUUCGUUAAUGAAAUGCCAAAACAGAAAGGCGAUGUAUCACUCGGUGAAGAUUCAUAUACUGUUAAUGAUUUAGAUUCCAUAUCCACCGAAGAUUUGCAUACAAGAAGGAAGAUCGUUGUUGAUGUAUUUAAACCACCAAUGGUUAAACAUUUGAAUAACUUGAUAAAAGAAGGUGGGGAUGUGGGAAGAGAAGCAAAUUCCUGUUUAUUGUUGUUAGAAGAUUUGUCUAAAGCCGCAUAA